ACUCGCUACCCGCUUCGCUCCGCUCAUGACACUUAAACCGCCGGCUGGGCGCGCAGUCACAAAGCAGCGGCGCAUACGUCACACGCCCCGCGCGCCGCGCGCAUCACCCGCCGUCGCCACGGGGGCCGGAUCGACGGGCCCCGCCACUUGCUCUCGGACCGCGUUCAUAUGCACCCGCGCGCUUGGUUUAUAUAGCUGCCGCUUACGCAAAAAUCGAAAUUGUAACGUUUAGUUUUAUUUUUAUUUAAAUUUUAAUAUAAUUUGAAGUUAACGUUGCUUUGCUUAUUUAUCGCUUCAACGACAUCGUCCCUGCUUCGCAACAAAAGCUACGUGUAGUGACCUACCCGGUUUCUACAAAUUGGUGACCCGAGACAAAGGAAGUGGACAGAUUCGCCAUCGGCAAGAUCAACCUUUCGGACAUGGCUAACGGAUCGGAAACUGAGCAAAAUACAGGCAGUGGUGCAGGCGGUUCAGGUAUUCGAGCGACGGUUGGCAACGAUGACGAUGCAGGUACGGUACAUUUGGGUGGUGGUCCAAGUGAUGUGUUCCGGGUGGGUAUGCGUGUUCCACCGUUUUAUCCAAACGAGCCAGAGAUUUGGUUCGCGCAAUUGGAAAGUCAAUUCUGUCUAUCCGGCAUCACUGUGGACGAGACUAAAUACCAUUUUGUGUGCGGGCAGCUCGAUCCUGAGUACGCGGUCAAGGUCAAGGACAUUCUUCGCAGUCCCCCAGCUACUGGCAAGUAUGCUAAAUUAAAGAGCGAGCUCAUUCAACGGAUUUCUGUCUCGCGGGAGAAGAAAACCCUACAGCUACUCCAGCAUGAGGAGAUUGGGGACAGGAAGCCCACCGAGUUUCUGAGGCACCUUACAGAUUUAGCUGGACCGAACAUACCACAGGAAUUUAUUCGGACUAUUUGGACCAGUAGAUUACCACCUAAUGUACAGACCGUUGUUGCAUUUCAGCCUACCUUGGACCUUGACACGUUGGCGGGCCUGGCAGACAAGGUCGUCGACGUAGCGCAGCCGUCCUACAGGGUUGCCAGCACCUCUGCGAUCGCGCCAGGUACUGCUUUGGAACAGCGCGUAGAGGAAUUGACACGGCAAGUAGAAAGUCUCCUUAAAAUUCAAGGUCAAGGGCCUGGCUCAUUCAAUCGUCGCAGACGCUCUCGAUCACAUUCAAGGUCAAGAGGCCGAUCCCGCUCCAGGCAGCGUCCCGAAGGCCAUCCACACUGCUGGUAUCAUUUCACUUUUGGCGAGAAGGCGAAGACGUGCAAGCAGCCAUGCAGCUACCAUUCGGGAAACGCCCAGGGCGGCCACUAGUAGCGGCGAGCGACUGCCCAUCAACAACAACCCGCCGCCUGUUCAUCACUGACCGUUCGACGAAGGUGCAAUACCUCAUAGACACGGGUUCCGACCUGUGUGUAUUUCCAAGGUCAGCUGUCCGGGGGGCAUGUCCGAGAACGAAGUACCUCCUAUUUGCUGCCAACGGCACAGAGAUCGCUACUUUUGGGAUCCUAAACCUACAUUUAGAUUUUGGUCUCCGGCGAGCGUUCGAGUGGCGCUUUACGGUGGCUGACGUCUCAAAACCCAUCAUCGGCGUCGACUUCUUAGGAUUUUACAACCUUCUUGUCGAUGUCCGAAAUCAGCGCCUGGUAGACGCUACUACCCUCCUCACGAGCCCAGCUACGGUUCCUGCCAGCAGCGAGGAAAUAUAUUCCAUACAUAUGAUGGCCUUGGAAGGUACGAGUACGCCUUUCCGCGAGUUACUUCGUGAGUAUCCAGACAUUACCCGUCCAGCUGGUAAGCCGGGCACUCCAAAACAUGGCACAGAGCACCACAUCAGGACCACUUCAGGACCACCGGUCUCCGGCCGUCCGCGUCGCCUCGAUCCAGAGAGACUGGCUAUAGCAAAAAAGGAGUUUGAGGAUAUGGUCCGACACGGUACUGCUCGCAGAUCAGAGAGUGCAUGGUCCUCUCCACUACAUUUGGCACGCAAAAAGAAUGAUGGCUGGAGACCGUGUGGAGACUACAGGGCUCUCAACGCACGAACCAUACCUGAUUGCUACCCGGUGCCGCACGUACAAGACUUCGCUUACCAGCUGGCAGGUAAGAAGAUCUUUAGUACCAUAGACUUGGUGAAGGCGUACAAUCAAAUACCAGUUUUUGUCGACGAUAUACCGAAGACAGCUAUCACCACGCCAUUCGGAUUGUUCGAGUUCCCAUACAUGACCUUUGGCCUCAGAAAUGCAGCUCAGACAUUCCAGCGCUUUCUUGAUGAGGUGCUCAGGGGACUCGACUUCUGCUUUGGAUACAUCGACGACAUAAUCGUCUACUCGGAGUCGGAAGCUCAGCAUCAACAGCAUCUCCGCCAGCUGUUCGGGCGGUUGCAGGACUACGGAAUGCUGAUAAACACAGCAAAGUGCGUCUUCGGUCAAUCCAAGGUCACCUUCCUAGGGCACGCGGUAUCCGCGCACGGCAUCAGCCCUUUAGAGGAUAAGGUGC